AUGGCAAACUUUAAGGGCCACGCUCUCCCAGGGAGUUUCUUUCUGAUAUUUGGACUAUGGUGGUCAGUGAAGUACCCAAUGAAGUACUUUCAUCAAAGGGGCCUGAAGAAGAACAGACUGAGCCAGCAGCAGCAGCGCAUUGAGAUCAUUGAAGGUGCAGUCAAGACUUUGUUUGCAGUCAUUGGGAUCCUGGCAGAGCAGUUUGUUCCAGACGGGCCUCACCUCCACCUCUACCAUGAAAAUCAAUGGACAAAGCUAAUGAACUGGCAGCAUAGCACCAUGUACCUCUUCUUUGGUGUCUCCGGACUCAUCGACAUGCUCACCUACCUUUACUUCAACAUUGUGCCCCUGGGAGUAGACAGAGUGAUUUUAGCUAUGGCAGUAUUCAAUGAAGGUUUUCUCUUCUAUUACCACGUUCACAACCGACCUCCACUGGACCAGCACAUCCACUCACUCCUGCUCUUUGGUUUGUUUGGAGCAAGUUUCAGUAUCUUCCUGGAGGUGAUCUUACGGGAUAAUAUUGUGCUGGAGCUUUUCCGAACCAGUCUCCUUAUUCUUCAGGGAACCUGGUUCUGGCAGAUUGGAUUUGUCCUGUUCCCCCCAUUUGGAACACCAGAAUGGGACCAGAAAGACAUGGACAAUGUCAUGUUUAUUACCAUGUGCUUCUGCUGGCACUAUCUGGUUGCCCUUUGCAUCACAGCCAUCAACUACUCUCUUGUUUACUGCUUUCUGAGUCGGGUGAAGAGACAUGCAGAAGGAGAAAUCAUCGGGAUUCAGAAGCUCAAAUCUGACCACACUUACCAGUCAGCCCUUUUGAGUGGCUCGGAUGAGGAGUGACAUCAGGCCUUGGGGAGUGGAGACCUCGCAUCCUUUGUGAAUGGCGGAGUGAUUGUAGCAUGCCCU